UCUGUACUCCCACCCAAACCCAAACCCAUACUCACACCCACACCCCAGUUUUGUUUUUCUUUUAGAAAUAAUUGUCAACUAGAUAUAUUUGAUCAUCAUUUCAUCGUUAGUUUUCUACUUUGUAUAUAUAUAGAUAAAUAAAUAAGAUAAAAAUUAUUAGUUAAAAUAGAUUAGUUAUUGUAAAUUAAAUUUAUUUAUAUCUAAACAAAAAUUCAAGAUAAAAAUUCUAUUUGAUUUCGGAAAAGUAAAGUUUUGACUCCGUUCUGUAAUUUAACGUUAUCUAUAUCAAUUAUAUUUAUAUAUGAUUGAUUGAAAUAUAUAGCUUUGUAGAGAAUAAGAUGAGCUAUCAUCUGAAUAGAAAAUUUUUGAAAUUGUAUCGUAUUUAUGAAACGUUACGAUAAUUUUAUUAAUGAUGACUAAGCAUUUAACACAUUACAUUUUCUGCCAAAACAAAGUAUACUUGUAAUUUCUGAAGUGAAAUAUCGUUUUCUAGAUAUUUUUAUAUGAUUCGAUAGAAUUUGACGAGCUCCACAAGAAUAUGAAUAUAACAGAAAAAUUCUGAUCCUCUUUUCAAUAGAAAACUUGAAAGAAACUAGAAAGACUAAUAAAAAUCUGAUAUAUCUUGCAUUAGAGAGUAUGCUUGACUUUCAAUAACUCUAGCUGAUUGACUAUUGAUUUAAGUUUCGAGUUGUAGCAUCAUAUACUGAAGCUGUAAAUAAGUUUUCUGAGCUUCAUGAACAGACGAAAUAAUAAAUCAGCUAAAGUUAUUGAAAGUUUAGUAUAUUCUCUAUAAUGCAACAUAUAUGAAAUUUUUAUUAGUCUGUCUAAUUUCCUUGAAACUUUGUAUUGACAAGAGAUACAAUAUUUCACUUCAGUCGUUACAAGCAUACUUUGUUUUGUCGAGAAAUGUAAUGUGUUAAAUGCUUAGUCAUUAUGAAUAAAAUUAUUAUAAUGUUUCAUAAAUAAGACACAAUUUCAAAAAUUUUUUAUUCAGAUGAUAGCUAAACUUAUUCUCUACAAAACUAUAUAUUUCAAUCAAUCAUCUACAAAUAUAUUUGAUAUAGACAACGUCAAAUUACAGAAAGGGGCCAAAACCUUUGAAACAUUCUUUAGUAUAAGAAGAAUCUCUCCCUAAAGAAUGUACUGAGUUAAGGAUACCCGAAAAAGUUCCCUGUUACCAGUAUGUCACCGGAACUUUUGGGUACUAAAGCACUUGUGGGUACUUUGGCAGGUAUCCUGCUACAAAAUGUGUAGUAACUGGAUACUUGAAGAUACUGAUCGGAUACUCAAUCAGGUACUAUUGUACAGUAUUGCUAGGUACCCUGUUGGCAAAAUUUCAGUAUGUUCAGGAUCGAACCUAACCUUUGACUUUUUUCAUUUUUGUUUCUCUGGAAGCAUUUUAUUACAUUUUUUUCGACUUUAUUGUAUUUAAUUUUUUCAAUUCCGAAAACUCAGCAGGUCAAAUGCUGAUAUCUGACCUGACUUGAGUUAGUCGGGUAUUCACCAGACCACAUCAGAAUUGUCCGCUCGUCAUCGACGAUCAAGGUUGACUUGCUCUCGACUAAGAAACAGUCAAGAAAUACUCUAGAAAAAAUUGGUAUGAAAAUAGAUUAAUUUGUUAUGUUUUGCCCAGUUGUUUAUAUGGGGACGUGCGUGAAAACGAAAACGAUGAAUGAACAGUCGCUAUACAGAACGCAACAAAUAUAGGAUACCCUGUAGAGUUUUCCUCAGUAAAAAUACAGAUGCGGGUACUCAUACAAGUACUUGUUUAGUGAGCUUACUUUCAUGGGUACCCCAUGCAAUACCUAGUGCAUGAGUAUCAUUACUGAGAAUUUUUGAAGUACCCAUAUUAGGUACCCUGCUAAGGCUUUUCCAGUAUAUGGGUACCCUGAACUCAGUACUUUCUCUAGGGCUGAAUAUUUCUUGAAUCACUCAACUGUCUAUUUAUCUAUUGGAGAAAUGUUUUUGAAAGAUUCAUCUAUCACUUUUCAACAGAAAAAGUACAUUUCUAUUUAUCUCAACAUUUAGAAUCAUUUCUUUUUAGCAAAUGAAAGAAAAAAGUUGUUUUUAUUGUCAUAACUUUUCAAUCUACCUGUUUUGAUAGCUGUUUUCAUCUGUUAAUUAAUGUUUUUUUUGCUCUAAAUGCAUUCUGUCUACAACAGUGAAAUAAUCGUUUAAGUGAAAGCACUUUUUUGACUUCUAAGUUACUUAUAUGAUCUACCGGGUGAACGAAAAUGAUUGCAACAUCGAGUAUUUUGUAUAUAUCUCAUCUUUAAUAAAUCUUAUAACGGUAAAUUUUGUUUUAAAAAGAUGUGCCGUGAAAUUCUCAACAAGAAUGGCAAUAAUAACUUUCUUAUAAGGCUAAAACUGAAACAUUCUAAUAUGGUGCAAUGUUCCAGUAUUUUACAAGGAAGAAAAAAUGAAAUUAACAUUAAUUAUUUUGUACAUAUUUCAAAUAUAGAUAAAUUUUGUAAUAUUGAGUUGUUUUUUUUUCUAGAGAUAUGUCAUGAAAUACUUUACAAAUUGAUAUAUAUUACUUUGACUAAACAAUUAAUAUUAUAUUUAAAAAUGAAAUAAAUCUGCUUGACAGAAUGACGAGUAUUUUCAAAAUAUAACUCUUUUUUGGUAUUUUUUUUUAUGUCAUCUCAUUUUGGGUGUGGAUAUGGGUGUCGAUGAUAGAAGAAGACCAAACCCAUACCCUUUACAGACAAAAUCAAUUUUAUUUGAAUGAAACAAAAAUAAAACAAAUAGUUAAUAUGCUUUUAAUUUGUUUAAUAAUCAAGAAUUAAAUCAUCAAUUUCAUAUCGAACCUUUAUCAUUAAGUGUACGUCCAAUAUGAAAAUUUGUUCAUGUUUCAUUCUGGACAAUGAUUCAAAUAUAUACGUAUACUAUUGAUGGUUUUACUUUAUUUAAACAAUUUGAAAUUUAAAAUUGUCAAUCUGUUUGUAGAUAGACUUUUUUUUUUCAUUUUAAAUAUAAAUUAAUUUUAUUUCUAUAAAGAUUGAAUAUAGUAAUUAAGGAUAUUUAUUAUCGAUAUCAUAUGAUUAUACUAUUGAAUUUCAUCAUCAUAAUGAUUAUAAUAAAUUUACAUAUAUACGUACUAAUGACAAAUUUCGAAUAAUUCGUUUGUCUUAUGAUGAUUCAUUAAUAAUAAGUGUUGAUUUUGAUGAACUUAUUAUACAAUGGAAUCCAUAUAAAUGUUAA